AUGGUGAAGAGCUGGCUGAGCAAAGCCCAGGUCCCUGAUUCGAAUCCCUUGGUGAAAGAUGAGAAGGGAAUACAACACUGGAAGAAGGUGACGGUAAACCUUGAAGACCAUAUCAAAACGCCAAUUUUCCCCUCUGGCUUCGAUUUCUACGACAAAUUCAUCGAAGAAUAUGUCACAAAACUCGCCAUAGAUCGUCUUCCAACAUCCCGACCAUUAUGGGAGCUUCACCUCCUCAAAUAUCCGACGCGCUCUACCGCCGGAACCGCCGUCUUCAAGCUGCACCACGCGCUCGGCGAUGGUUUUUCUCUAAUGGGAGCCCUUUUCUCUUGCUUGAAGCGGGCGGACGAUCCCUCGCUUCCUCUCACAUUCCCCGUCCGCCGGCAGAAUCCGACGCCCGUGAAGGCUGGAACUUUAAUGCAAUGUUGCCGCUCGGCGGUGCGGGCCGUGGAAAUCGGACUUAAUACUGUGACGGAUUUCGCUUGGGGGCUGAUGAAGAGCACUUUGAUUGAGGACGAUCGGACUCCGGUGAGGUCCGGCGAAGCAGGGGUGGAGUUCAGGCCGUUGAUUAUCUCGAAAGUGGUGUUUUCACUGGAGGAUGCGAGGAAGGUGAAGGAUAAACUCGGAGGGACAAUAAAUGAUGUUAUAAGUGGAGUAAUAUUUUAUGGAAUUCAACUUUACAUGAGAGCUGUAAACGGUGAUGUUGCCUGCAGUAGUAGAGUGGGUAUGGGAAAGGUGACUGCUUUACUGCUACUCAACACCCGGAAUGUUAAUGGCUACCAGAGCUUGCAUGAAAUGAAGAAACCAGGAGCAAAGAGCCCAUGGGGCAAUCAAUUUGGGUUUAUUCAUGUUUCUGUUCCCAGCUGCAAGGAUGCUGAAAAGGUUGAUCCUUUAACUUUUGUUCUCAAAGGGAGGCAGAUCAUUAGGGCAAAGAAGAAGUCACUUGGAGUUUAUUUAACUGGGAGGAUUCUAGAGUUAAUGAGGAAGCAUAGAGGGUCAGAGGUGGCGGCUGAAUUCAUGUAUAGAACAUUGAUGAAUACAAGUGCAACAAUUUCCAACUUGACAGGUCCCAUGGAGAAAAUGAUGAUGGCGAACAAUCCCAUUAGUAACUUCUACUUCAUGGUAGUUGGUGUCCCUCAGAACCUUACAAUAGCAGUUGUGAGCUACAUGGGAAAGCUAACUUUGGUCAUGGGAACAGAGAGGGACUUCAUAGACUCGAAUCUACUGAUUUCUUCCAUGAAAAGAUCAUUUCAAAGGAUCUUUGAGGCAGCCAUGGGCAAUAUCUAAAGUUUUGCUGGACAAAACUAAAGGAACUUCCUUGUAGAAAUCCACAUGAUGAGUAUGUUAUCACCAUUCAUUUUUAUACUGAGAUUUGUAUUUGUUAGUCUCUACUAAAAUGAAAUGAAAGGCGAUGAUAUAUUCAUCAUAGGAUUUCCAUAAGGAAUGCUUUGUUGGAUUUCAGUCCUGUUUCAAAUAUAUCAUAUCAGGUCAAUUAAGCUCAAUUUCUUUAUAUAUAUAAAUGCCCAGUGUAUCUGUUUAGUUUUAAUGUAUGAGGCUUUAAUUUGAUACAUGAUUCUUUGAUUUGAAUUUGAAUGCAGAAGCCUACUGCAUUUAGAUCUUUUCAAUGCGAGUCCAUGUUUAUUGUAUUUGUAUCUACAUUAACGAAUAUAUUAAUUGUUGGAAUGUAAUUUGCAUUGAUCAUUCA